UCUUCCUGAGCCCCCAGCCCCUAUGGAUCGAGGGAAAAUGGUGUCAUGAACCAAGGGCUCUUUCUCGCCUAUCCGACUGGGCCGGUGCACCAAGACCAUGGCUGACGAUGAUGAUGAUGACACCAUUAAGCUUGGGAAGAGAGAGGCGGACAGUCUUUUGGAGACCUAUCUGACUGCGCAGGACCUGGAAUCUGCCGUCAUGGACUUUCUGGAACAGGACAAUUCAUUUAUACAACAAGAUGAUGACAGCAUUCAGCUCGGGAACAGAGAGGCGGACAGUCUUUCGGAGACCUAUCUGACUAUGCAGGACCUGGAAUCUUCCAUCAUGGACUUUCUGGAACAGGACAAUUCACUUAUACAACCGCUGACCCCUGAGGUGAGCCGAAGCCAAGAAGACGAGGAACUGGAUGGAGAUUUGAGUACCCCAGAAACCAUGGCUUCCGAUUCCUCUGAGGUGAUCCCCCGAGCUGCAGUCGAAACAACCUCCUCGGACAGGAAUAUGGACACGGCCGAAGAGACAGUCUCUCCCACCCCCUCUAUAGAAAAGAUUUUCAGAAACAGUUUAAUCUCCAAUCCGGAGUUUGCGAUAGAGAAGGUUCUGGGGGAAGCCACAGCCAACAUCUUGACUGAAGCUGAGGCAGAGGCCUCCAAGAUUGCCGAGUGGGACUCCGAGACCGACUUGACCGAGCCACACAGCAUCUUGACCUGCCGGGUGUGCCAACUCUUUGUGCGGACGGUGGACAGGCUACUAGACAAAUCGGACGAACUGAGGGAACACUACCUGCCCCUCACCGAGGAGGAGAUUGGCAACCUGAAAACCGCCGUCGAGGAGAUGGAUGAGGCGGCUGCAGACCACCAGAUGCAGGCUUGCCUGUCGAGGAUCAACAAUUUGUCCAGCAAGCUCCGCCAACGGGCAUACAUGAUGGCACUGAGCAAGCUGCGGAUGGCAAGGCGCAACACUCAGGAAAACAUCUUCCAGCUCCACCAGGCGAUCGAUUUGAUUGGACAGGUCCAGCAGGAAGAUGACCCCCAGAGCCAUCACAGUUAUCGGAAACUGAGUGCCAUCACUGUCGAGUGGACUCAUCGGCAUUCAAUUGUGGCUCCCCUAGCCUUCGCGCAUGAAACCAAUCUUCAUGUGGAAAGAGAGGAAAUUGGGACACCCCUGGCUCAAAUAGUUUUGUCGAUGAGCCGAGAUCCCCAUCAUUGA